AUGAAGUUCGGUGAACAGCUGGCAAGUCAUCUGACACCGGAAUGGCGGAAGCAGUACAUCGACUAUGAAGCUUUAAAGAAUCUACUUUAUGAUAAUAUGCUGGAAGUGCCUUCAGAAGAAGAACGACGUGAAGAGCAUAUAGCGCAGAUGGACGAGAAGUUCUUUAAUGAGUGCGAGAAAGAGCUUACUAAAAUCAAUCUCUUUUUCUCCCAGAAGAUAGCCGAGGCUCAGGGAAAGUACCAUGAGCUUCAGUCUGAACUGCAGAUGUUCAAAGAAGUUGUUGAGCAACGUACUGAACCGAUGACUCUACGGCGAAGAUUUGGUGCUCGAGACAAGCUUCAUAAGGAGACGAUAAAGACCAGUCAGCAGUUGAAACUCGCUUUUUCGGAAUUUUACCUCAGCCUGGUUCUUGUACAAAAUUAUCAACAAUUAAAUGGCACUGGAUUUCGGAAAAUUCUCAAGAAACACGAUAAACUCACUGGAAAUGAGCGUGGACUCGAUUGGAGGAUAAACAAAGUGGAGAAAAGCUCGUUUUUCUUGAACCGUGAGAUCGAGACUCUUAUUAACAAUGUGGAAACUUCUGUGAUCAACGAGCUUGAAGGCGGUAAUCGUCAAGCUGGUAUGAAGCGUUUGAAAGUGCCUCCAUUGUCUGAGAAGCAAAAGCCUAUCACUACGUUUUCGCUAGGACUCUUUAUGGGAGCAGCCUUGAUCCUCAUCGCUGCCAUUCUUCUAUCGUGGUGGGGAUUAGUGUCACGACCAAACGAGCCACAAUGGGUUGCUGUGCGACUGUUUCGUGGUCCUUUCCUCCUGUUCCUGUCGGUCUUCAUGUGCGGUGUAAAUAUGGCCGGCUGGGCCGGAGCCGGCGUCAAUCAUGUGCUGAUCUUUGAAGUGGAUCCAAGGCAUCAUCUUUCCUAUCAGAUGCUCAUGCAGAUCGCCGCUUUUAUGAUUAUGCUAUGGGCUGUGGCCGUACUAGCUUAUCUCUACGCUCACCUCAUCCACAUACCCCCAUUCGCACCUCCACUAGCACUAAUGAUCAUAUGCUUCAUCAUCAUGUUCAAUCCACUUUCAAAGCCGGACGACAUUUUCCACAAAAAGUCGAGAUGGUGGAUGAUACAGCACUGCUAUAAAUGUUUCACUGCUCCACUUCACUUCGUCACAUUCACUGAUUUCUGGCUCGGGGACCAAAUGAAUUCACUGACGACAUCGUUUCUGGACUUCCAGUACUUCUUAUGUUUCUACUCAACCGAAGUGGACUACUCCCUGGAUAAUUUUCUAGCUGUUAGGACUAUGAAUUCGACCACAGGUGCUGUGCCUUGGGGCUAUGUGGACAUCACAACUGGCAAGGAUAUGUGCAUGUCCGCGUCGGGUGUUCGUUCCUUUGUGUCGAUCAUUCCGGCGACGGUUCGUUUCAUGCAGUGUUUACGUCGUUACCGAGAUACCAAGCGAGUACAUCCACAUCUCGUUAAUGCCGGCAAGUAUUCGACUACUUAUUUGGUGGUGGCGUGUGGAGCGCUGAAUAAGUGGGCUGAGAAGUCGGAUCCGAACGUAACAUCGCCAUUCUUCUACAUCUGGAUUGCGUCGUAUAUCUUGUCAUUCACCUACACCUUCUUAUGGGACAUAUUUAUGGACUGGGGUCUGAUUGACCCUCGCGCUCCGAAAGAGGCGCCGUUGCUGCGAGAGGAGAUGAUUUAUGGCAGUAAAUACUAUUAUUAUGCAGCCAUCCUUCAAGAUUUUGUGCUAAGGCUUUCAUGGGUGCUGAAUGUGUCUCUUGGAGAAGCAUGGACUUUGGAUUCAGACUUUCUGACGACGGUCACUGCUCCCGCGGAGGUGUUCAGAAGAUUUGUAUGGAAUUAUUUUCGGCUCGAGAAUGAACAUGUGAACAAUUGCGGACAGUUUCGAGCUGUGCGAGACAUCUCAGUGAAACCGAUUCGGAAAGGCGAUUUGGAAUCUCUACUGUCGAAGAUGGAUCAAGCUGAUGGAGUGACGCAUCGAGGGCAGGAUUUGAUGGAGCGGGUGAAAAAGCAAAAGAAACAGAAGACUACGCGAAUACUUUUGAGGAAGGCGCGACUCAAUAGAUUCAUAGCACCGGUCAAUCCUGGUACAGCUCUCGUUGAAACUCAGCAAUAGGCCCACUUAUCAAAAUACGUGUAAUUUUGCUAGGUUUUGAUAUGAUUUUCAAAGGCACAGCCGCGUUGAGGACU